AUGUCUUUUACUUUACCCCCACCGUUGAAGCAGCAACUAAGUUUGUAUCGCGAUUCGCUUAACGGUCAAAUCGACGCGUGGGCUGCAGAAUACCAUGUGAAUCCAGCUGCCAUCCGUCGUUUUCUUGGAUUUUCACGUGAAUUUGGACGCCAGCCCAAUUCAUGGAAUUUGUACCAGCGGUACCUAGCAGAACAGAAACGCAAGAGUGCUAAUGGUGACCCUACGGCUUUGGAUCUUACGGGUGCUCAGGGCAUACGCUCCGACUCAAGUGCAACACAGGCACAGCGCAUCCGUGACGAACUAGCGCCGCUGUACCAAAAAAUGAAAGAGGAUCCUGAAUUCAUGCUUCGUACGCAACAAGAUAUUAAUGCUUGGGAACAAGAUAACCGCAUAGAAAAGUCAGGAACCAUUACUCGAGCGGAAUACAAGCGCGCAGUGCGACGGUUUGAACAAUUUUCGCAACAAUGUUCACAAAAUCUUGGCGCAGAAUCCUUCACAAUCAUUGCUCACCCUAAUAUUGGCUCAAAUCAUGUGCAAAUCGCUGCAUCAACAGCUGGUCUUCAUGCAUUCCAAACGGCUCUUGGCCCAGGUAAACCUCUUGAGACAUUCCAGAACCGUUUUGCUGCUUGCAUCUGUCUAACUAUCGCACCCACAGAUGACCCUACGGUUUUGGAACGCGAUGCACGCCUCGAUGUUCAAGUACCACUUCAACCGCAAGAACCCAUUAUCCUGCCCGAAGAUCCCACCUUACUCACAUCUAUUCAGAAGCGCAAACUCGCCACGCCUCUCUUUCAACGUCUUGUCGAAUCUGGUUUAGAUCCCGUCGAACUAGCCAACUUCCGCAAAAAGUCGCAGUCUCGAUUUCCUUGGAAGGGAUUGAUGACUUGGCUACACGAGAACGGGUACAGAUUUAACUAUUGGCCUAACGAUUCAACUUUGUACGGAAUUCGUCAUACAACAGGCGAAGCGGCUCUGUUACCCGCACACCUUCGGUGCGAAGGGCUCAACACUCCCAAUUGCUGGAAAUCAGAUGCAAUGAAUGCUAUAUUGCGCGCCUGCGUUGACCCCACAGACCCGCUGCGCGUUGUGCGCUUGUAA